AUGGAGGCCAUCCUCUCCCCCUUCGAGCAUCAGGUCCUCUGCCACCUCCCCCGAGCAGGUGUGCUGGGCAAGCGGGGGCGCAUCCAGCCCCUCAUCCUGCCCCCGCACUGCGAGUCCUGCCUGGAGCUGCUCCUUCAGACCUCCUCCAACGUGGGCGUCGACCCCCACAGCCCCUACGUCUUCUCCCGGCCCUUCCAUUCGCCCGCCACGCCGCUCCGGGGCACCGACCUACUGCGCAACCUGGCGCGGGCCAGCGGCGCCAAGAACCCCCGGGCGUUGACCCAGACACGGGCGCGCCAGCAGGUAGCCAUUCUCACCCAGCUACUGCUCCUGGAGGAAGGCGAGGGGCAGGGCCAGCCGGGCGGGGCUGCCGCCAAGCGCCUGGAAGACUUCCUGCAGAGGGAGUACCACGUGACCCAGAGCUGCGCCACGAUAGGCCGAGACCCGGCGCUGAUGGGCCGUGUGGGCAGGGUGGUGAUCUAUGGGGAAAAGGAGGGGGUCCUCUUCAGAGGGAUGAGUCUGCAGCACAUCUGUCUGGAGCUGGAUGUGAUGUCAGGAAACUCUGCGGACUCCUUCUCAGACAGCUCGGACGUGGAGGCAGAGAAGGUUAAGGAGAAGGUUAAGGAGAAGGUUAAAGAGAAGGUUAAGGAGAAGGUGGAGGAGAAGGAGAAGGUGGGGGAGGUGAAGAAGCAACCAGGUCAACCCCCCAGCAAGAAUAAAGCCCCCGCUCCCUCCUCGGUCAACCCCUCGCUCCCUGGUGCCCACAAGAGGAGGAUCAUUCAGCCCAAGUCCGGGAAGCGUGGGGUGCUGAAACGGCCCUGGUCGGAGGCGGAGCGCAUCGCCGUGGAGACGCACCUGAAGAGGAACAUCAUGGAGCAGCGCGUGCCAGCCAAGGCGGACUGCGAGCGCUGCCUGCAGCUCUGUCCCCUGCUGGUCAGCAACCAGCGUGACUGGAGAGCCAUCAAGUUCUACUGCCACAACCGCAUCCAGCUACUGAAGAAGCAAGGCAGGAGGGAGAGGGCAGGGAACUCUGUUAGAUAGAGAUGGGAGAGAGCGAGAGAACUGACUUCAACCAUCUGGAGUGACCCUAUUCUAGUCCUGGAGAAGUGCAGUCUGUUUGUUUUUCGUCCGAAUUUACCUGACCUCUGACCUGACCUUAGAGGUCGUUCCUGGGACUAGGUGUGCACUAUCAGUCCUAGCCCUGUAGUCCAGUAAUGCAGUGUUGUCUUCAUCAAGAGUCAAGGAGAGAAUUAACUGGGAUUAGUUGAAAUGUCUCCUCUGACCAGGGGACAUAUCCACAUAGUGUCUCAAAAGGGGUCUAGGAAUCCUGUUAAAACCGGGUUUUUAAGACAACAAAAAAAAGCCUCCCAGCUCACAGUAGGUAUUAGCUUGUUAAGACACUGACCAGACAAACUCUGAACCAGGAGUAAAAUCAACUCCUAAAAAGGUUCAUCUCAGCUGGUCGUCACGACAGUUUGAGGUACCGCAAAGGAAAGAUGGUGAUGACACUCAUCGUUGUAAAUUAUUGGAAAUAACCAAUCACGAAGAGGCAUGGGCAGCUGUGAACUGUAUAGCACGUUUUCAGACACCCAGAUGAAUGUGACUUUACAUCAAAUGUUGCAAUGGUAAAGCACUUGAUAUAAUUUGUCUGACACGAUCACUUUGCCUAACUCCUAAUUAUUGCCUAAUAUGUUGGCAUGCAUAACCUUCUUUUUUAAACUUUUUUUUUUUAACCAAUUCUGAUGUUUUUUUCAAAAGCGUACGUUUUAUAAAAUGGUCGCUAACACUCUGAACUCCUGGAUGAUUACUCUAAAUGUAUUUUGUACGGUACUGUAGGCAUUACGUCUCUUACUGAUAAUGUUGCAUUAAAACCUAUCAUUUUCAACACCCAAUCAAAGUUAACAUAGGCCCUAAAUACCUUCAGUGGCCCAAUAUUACUUAGGCAUAUUAUUUAACAGUGUUGCAGGCCUUUUUUUUAAUUUAUUUUUUUAAUGAUCAAGACACCUGCUGGUAACUCUUAACUGGUGAGGUCAGAUCAUGAGGUCUCUUAAAUAUCUGUCAACUAGUUUAGGUUUAAUGCCUAGCUUUUAUUUUUAACCUGUAGGAGUAAAAUGUUUCUAUUCUCAGCACUUACGACACAUUUUCUACUCCUGAGACGCUUUGUGGAUACGGGCCCUGGAUUACGAAACAACAGUCCUAGAAGUUCCUGGAGAAUCCCGAGUUUAAAACUCUUUUAUUUCAAUCUGUUGGGACAGGAUACAGGGAAAUGACUGAGAAAAAGUGAGGGAGUUCAGAGGAAUGGACCUCCACUGAAAGCUGAAGACCAAAUGUGAAUAUUACGUUGUCUUUACAAAGAUGUAGUAAGAAACACAUGGAUUAAACCAAUAUGACCCCCCCCCCCCCCCCCCUAGAAUGAGCAUACAUGUCAUAUGGGAGGAGCUGUUUGAUACAUGUCAUAUGGGAGGAGCUGUUUGAUACAUGUCAGAUGGGAGGAGCUGUCAGAUGGGAGGAGCUGUUUGAUACGUGUCAUAUGGGAGGAGCUGUUUGAUACAUGUCAUAUGGGAGGAGCUGUUUGAUGGGAGGAGCUGUUUGAUACAUGUCAUAUGGGAGGAGCUGUUUGAUGGGAGGAGCUGUUUGAUUCAUGUCAUAUGGGAGGAGCUGUUUGAUGGGAGGAGCUGUUUGAUACAUGUCAUAUGGGAGGAGCUGUCAUGGGAUGGGAGGAGCUGUUUGAUACAUGUCAUAUGGGAGGAACUGUUUGAUGGGAGGAGCUGUUUGAUUCAUGUCAGAUGGGAGGAGCUGUUUGAUUCAUGUCAUAUGGGAGGAGCUGUUUGAUUCAUGUCAUAUGGGAGGAGCUGUUUGAUUCAUGUCAUAUGGGAGGAGCUGUUUGAUUCAUGUCAUAUGGGAGGAGCUGUUUGAUUCAUGUCAUAUGGGAGGAGCUGUUUGAUACAUGUCAUAUGGGAGGAGCUGUCAGGUGGGAGGAGCUGUUUGAUACAUGUCAUAUGGGAGGAGCUGUUUGAUUCAUGUCAUAUGGGAGGAGCUGUUUGAUUCAUGUCAUAUGGGAGGAGCUGUCAUAUGGGAGGAGCUGUUUGAUUCAUGUCAUAUGGGAGGAGCUGUUUGAUUCAUGUCAUAUGGGAGGAGCUGUUUGAUACGUGUCAUAUGGGAGGAGCUGUUUGAUACGUGUCAUAUGGGAGGAGCUGUUUGAUACAUGUCAUAUGGGAGGAGCUGUUUGAUUCAUGUCAUAUGGGAGGAGCUGUUUGAUACGUGUCAUAUGGGAGGAGCUGUUUGAUUCGUGUCAUAUGGGAGGAGCUGUUUGAUUCGUGUCAUAUGGGAGGAGCUGUUUGAUACGUGUCAUAUGGGAGGAGCUGUUUGAUUCGUGUCAUAUGGGAGGAGCUGUUUGAUACGUGUCAUAUGGGAGGAGCUGUUUGAUUCAUGUCAUAUGGGAGGAGCUGUUUGAUACAUGUCAUAUGGGAGGAGCUGUCAGAUGGGAGGAGCUGUUUGAUACAUGUCAUAUGGGAGGAGCUGUCAGAUGGGAGGAGCUGUUUGAUACAUGUCAUAUGGGAGGAGCUGUUUGAUUCAUGUCAUAUGGGAGGAGCUGUUUGAUACGUGUCAUAUGGGAGGAGCUGUUUGAUUCAUGUCAUAUGGGAGGAGCUGUUUGAUACAUGUCAUAUGGGAGGAGCUGUUUGAUACAUGUCAGAUGGGAGGAGCUGUUUGAUUCAUGUCAUAUGGGAGGAGCUGUUUGAUUCAUGUCAUAUGGGAGGAGCUGUCAUAUGGGAGGAGCUGUUUGAUUCAUGUCAGAUGGGAGGAGCUGUUUGAUACGUGUCAUAUGGGAGGAGCUGUUUGAUACAUGUCAUAUGGGAGGAGCUGUUUGAUUCAUGUCAUAUGGAAGGAGCUGUUUGAUACAUGUCAUAUGGGAGGUGCUGUUUGAUACGUGUCAUAUGGGAGGAGCUGUUUGAUGGGAGGAGCUGUCAUAUGGGAGGAGCUAUGGAUAACUGACUGGCAUGAACUCUAACCAUUACUAUCACGGCCAGCUGUGUUUCUAACAGUGUCGAUCAAAGUAUUGGACCAUGAUGCACCAGUGAACUUGUUCACGCAUAACUCUGUACCACGGUUUCAGUUAAACGGAUAUGAAACAAGGCACGCAUACUUUAAAUUGUUUAUCAUAUCUGUUUUUUUUAGUUUUUUAAAAAUAUAUUUUGUAGUCAUUUUACUCGACAAUAUAAUAUGGUCUUGUUAGUAACAAAUGUAAAUACGUGUUAAUCAAGAAUGAAAUUUGAUGUAGUCGUGGUUAUAAAGUUGGUCGUAUUGUGCUAAGGUGUACAUAUUGUAAAUACCACAUUUUGAAGUGUUUUCUGAACCACAAAUUGUAUCGUGAUAUUUUGCACUAUGGUAACAGAAAAGGUUAUCUGCAGUACUGCAAAAACAAAAUAAACAAAAAAAUCUGAAUAGUCUCGUGACAAUGAACAUGUUGUCAGAACAAUGUU